UCAAGUUUUCAGACAGUCAUCAGAGGCGGUGGAUGAAAGUUCUAGCUCGUGCUCCAUGCAGCGCAUGUUCACUGGGUGCUUGUUCUGGAGCAGGUCUGUGUGCUGGCAGACAGACAGGCGGGCACAGGCUGUCGACAGCGACCGUGAAGCUGAGCUCCCUCUGGAGUGAAAAGAAACGCCGGGCGCUAUAAGGGAAAGGAGAUCGACACCAGUAAGGUAUCCCGCAGCCAGCCGACACCGGGAGACAGGCCCCGGGUCCACCUUGGAGACAGCAGCCCCUUCAGCACACGGCCAUGGCUAACAUUGCGGUCCAGCGGAUUAAACGAGAGUUCAAAGAAGUUCUGAAAAGCGAAGAGACAAGUAAAAACCAAAUUAAAGUAGAUUUGGUGGAUGAGAACUUCACAGAACUACGGGGUGAGAUAGCAGGUCCUCCAGAUACACCAUAUGAAGGUGGGAGAUAUCAGCUUGAAAUCAAGAUUCCAGAAACCUAUCCAUUUAACCCUCCAAAGGUGCGUUUCAUAACCAAGAUCUGGCACCCCAAUAUCAGUUCUGUCACAGGAGCAAUAUGUUUGGACAUUUUAAAAGACCAAUGGGCAGCUGCUAUGACCCUGCGGACGGUGCUGUUGUCCCUACAGGCUCUUCUUGCUGCGGCAGAGCCAGAUGAUCCACAAGAUGCAGUAGUAGCAAACCAGUUUAAGCAGAACCCGGAAAUGUUCAAGCAGACCGCAAGGCUGUGGUCCCACGUAUAUGCAGGCGCUCCCGCCUCCAGUCCGGACUACACACGGAAAAUAGACAAACUCUGUGCCAUGGGCUUUGAUAAGAAUGCAGUAAUAGCGGCCUUGUCUUCAAAAUCCUGGGACGUGGAAACGGCAACAGAGCUGCUCCUCAGCAACUGAGGAGCCCCAAUCAAGAGCGAGGAUCCAAACUCUGCGUCAUCACCCGCUCCCUGCCUGCACCCUUCCAACAUUGCCUUUUGUUAAAGCAGACGCCCUCCUGUGAGCACAUCCGCCGCAGCAGUCUGAGCGUACCUUUUAUUACAACACGGAUGCCUGUCCAAUCUCAUUCACCACUUUCUUCCUGAUGUUAAGAAGCCCAAGCAAUCUUUAUAAAAAAAAAAAAAACAGUCUUCCACACCUCUUCUUUGAAGUUCAUUUCUUUUUCCAAAAAGAUGCCAUGACGUGGGGGAUUUUUCAGAAUAAAAGUCCUCUAAUUUACCCAUUUA